AUGGGCAUGGCUGAUAAGAGCUUGGCGAAGAGGAAGGCUGGGCUGAUCACCAAGACGCUGGACAGGUGCUGGAACAUACCAAUGGGGAACAAGCCUGCAGAGGGCUGUUUCUCUGUCUACGUCGGUGCCGGGAGGCAGCGGUUCGUGGUGCGGACAGAGUGCGUGAACCACCCGCUGUUCCGGGCGCUGCUCAAGGAGGCCGAGGAGGUGUUUGGGUACGCAGACGCAGGGCCCCUCGAGCUACCCUGCAACGCCGAGGCGUUCGCCGGGGUGUUGGAGCAGAUCGAGGAGGAGAAGCAGAUGGCGGGGGGAAGGAGGUGCAGCCUUGUCAGGGGGAAAUCCUACCGGCUGCUUGGCACUGGUCAGGCUGUCAUCAUCGACCGGUCGUAG